UCAAAAGAAAAAUAUAAAUCUGUUGUGAUUACUAACGGAAGAGCCAGUUCCUUGUAUCAGAUGAUAAAAAUUGCGCUAUUUCAUUAUCAUUAUGUACAGGGCAGGUCUCCUGACAAAGCUGCCU